AUGUUAUCGAAAAGACCUCGUCUUACGUCUUCUUACGACAAUCAUGGCAUAUUACAUUCAAAAGAAAUAAAUGAAUCAAUCUUAAAUCAUUUAUUUCUUCCUCAUGGAUUAUCACCUUCAGCAUAUGCUGAUUCUUUAAUUCAAUCCAAUCAUGAAAAUGAAUACAAAAUACUUGAAUGUAUGAAUGAAUACUUUCAAUGUUUAGAUACAAAGAAUGAAUUACCAAUUUUAUCAAUCAUUAAAACAUGUACUGAACGUUGGUCGAUUAUACAGAAUACGAAAAAUUGUUCUGUUCCGCUUUUACAAUCAACCAUACAAAAGCUAUCGUCAGGUGAUUUUCUCCCUCUGUAUUUUCAUGCUCAAAAUGCUGCAAUUUUGAUUGAAAUCGAUGAGAAUUCCCUCAAUCAACCAUUGAUCUCAUCUUGGCAAGUGUUAUUACCAACAGAAACCAUAACAUCAUCACUAGAACCGCAUCUUUCUUGUUUUCCUGUUCCUACAUUUCGUUUACCUGAUCAAUCUCAACUAUUAUCUUCUGUCCAUUGUGAAUUACUUUUGGAGUUUAUGAACAAUACAAUUGAAUAUCCCAAAUCUUCCAAAUCAUCUUACACAUUCGAUGAAACUCGAGAAGUGCCCAUAUCACAUUAUGUAUGCCAAUGGUGGAUCAUACAAUUUCAAAACGUUGAAAUUGAUAAUCAGGUCAAUACAUCCGUUUCGUUUAAGAAAAAACAUCGUGAUCAAAUCCGAUACAAGAAUUCAGCAUAUCCUUUUCGCCGAUCAGGUUUAUGGAUGACUAUGAAAGUUGUUUUUCAAACUAUUUUAACAAAACGUUUGGGAAAAAUUGGUACUAUCAUUUAUAAAUUACUUAUUACUGACUUUUUAACUUAUUUUAUUUCUACAAGACAACAAAUAAUAAGUUUUCGCAUAUCAACUGAUCUUCUUAUACAUUGUCUUCGAAAAAUUGUACGACGAUUGAAUAAAAUUGAAGUUUUGUUAUCAUCAAUCGAUUCGAACGAUGUGAUUCCAUGGAUACAAGAUAAAAAAGAAGAAAUUAAACAGAGAAUUGAUCGCAUUACUCCAAAUUUAGAUUGGCAAAAAUCCAUCGAAAAGAAUCAAAAACAAAAUAUCCCAGCACUUCAAUUGAAUCUAGAUCAACAAGAAAUCUUUCAGCAUUCAUGUCACAAAUUAAAAGCUUAUCUUGAUAAAAAUCAUUCCAAUACUUCAAAAAGACAACUCGAUGGUAGAUAUGAUUAUAAUCGUUGGACAUCGACUAGUGUUGCUCAUGAAGACGAUGAAUUACCUCGAGUUUCAGCUUUAACCAAUCACGAAGAUGAUGCUAUUGGCAUAGCGUUGGCACGUAUCGAAAUUUGGGUACAAUCCUGUUUAGAGCAAUGGAUCAAUCGCUCUUUACUAUCGAAAAAUGGAUACAAAUGUUUUGAAAAUUUACAAUCCUUUCACGAAGAUUAUCAACUUGCAGCUUUAAAUUUUUAUUAUUCAAAUAAUCAAUCGACUGAUCCAAUUGGUUACAGUCGUUUUAUUCUAACAUCAUUGACAAUAAUACGUUUGAUGCAUUUAAAACUAUGUGAAGAUACGAGAUUCGAACGAUUGAAAGUGCAUGCCAUUCGAAUUCCUCAUCUUAUGAAUCUAUUCGAAUAUUUAGUCUUGCCCAAUCGAGACGAUAUGAUUCGAGCUCGAGAUUUAUAUGAUUAUUUUCUAGAAUUCAAUGAAAAACCAUAUCCAGAUCUCUUAAGUAAUAUCGAUUCGCAAAAUGCUUUUGGUAUUUAUUUUGCUGAACAAUCAGUAGAAAUUAAUGAAAAUCUGAAAAAAAUUCAAGAACAAGUUGAACAAGAUAGAAAAGAUAAAAUCGAAGAAAUAAAUAAUGCAAAAGAAAAAUAUGAAGAACUCAUGAAAAAAGUCAAUGAUCUUAAAUGUGAAUGUGAACCGAAGAUUUCUUAUCGAAAAUGUAAUCGGUGUACUUUGAUAAAGGAAGCAGAUAAUAUCAAAGUGAAUAUUUACGAAUGCCCAAUACCAUCCGAACGUAGAAGUGCUUUGGCUGUUAUGUUUGAAUUACAAAUGCCGAAUGAAAUUCGAUGUUAUCGAGAUAUACUUUGGCAAUUUAUUAAUCGUCCUAAACCAAAUCCUUCGCAUAAUAUGCAUGAAUGGUUAAGAACUCAUCCUCACCAAAAUAAACUGGGACAAUAUUUCAAAGGUUCACAUAAUUGUAAAGUAAAAUUGGUAUCUCCAACUAAGUCGAUAACAGAAAGUCAUUAUUCAGCUCCGCGACAAAUCAAAUCAACGCCUCUAGAAGAAUAUUUUUAUGAUAAUAGCCUGAAAGUUCAAAUAUCUCCAACUAAAAUAAAUGAUUUUCAAGAUGAAUGUCGAACAUUAAUACCCCAAUUGGCAGAUUCAAAUUAUAAAGAUUUACAGUUUUCUAUUGAUAACACAGAAUUCGUACAAAAUCGAGUCAUAGCUGAACUAUCAAAAUGUUCAUUAAAAUUAAAGUCAGCUGAGUUUAUUGAAUUUGGUUCAUUUCGUUCUGGUUAUCGUUUACAAUGGUGGAAUCUUUUAAGUAUUCUUGAAUUAGAUUCAUUAUCAAUGGAUGAAGAAAGUGUUGUCAUACUCAUAACACAUGCACUUUUACAAUAUGGCCCAGUAACAAAAGAUCGACAAUCAUUGAUUUGUUCAUGGUGUCCGGAAUCACAUCAACAAUUAUUAGAAGAUCAUUUUGUUGAUGAAUUAAUUACGAGGUUGGAUCAUCAUUUAAAAGAUUGUGAAUGUAAUUGGCAAAAUGAAUUGAUAUUAGUAAUUAUAACAGUGAUUGUUAUGAGAAUAUUCACUAUAUGUAAUUCAACACGAAAAUAUCAAAUGACGAAUUUAGUUUUAAAAUGUCGUAAAAUAGGUGAAAAAUGGAUUGAACUUAUUUUGAAAACAAUUCAAAAUCCAUCUUCAUCUGAUGAUGAUAAAAUGAAUGCAUUACGUGAUAAAAUCGUCAUUAUUGGUACUACAAAUCUGCUGACAUACUCAAUAUAUACUGAUAGUAGCAAUACUUUAGUAUUAUCAAAUCAAGACGUUAUUUCUUUAUUGACAAUAGCAACAACUAUUCAUGAUAAUAGUGUUUUAAAUAAGAAAACAGUUCAUAUGAGUGUAUUUAUGAGAAAUUUAAUGCGUUAUAGUGAACGUGUGUUAUUAUCGAUUCAUCCAAUCAUAAGCAAACUUCUACAAGAAAAUUCCUAUGAAAGUUUAAAUGAAUUUUGUUAUAUUCAUUGGGCAGUAGUACGAACUAAAGGUAUGAUGAAUGGUAAAUGGAAGAAAAGAAACAAAGGCAUAUAUGAUGGUUGGUAUGAUGGUGAAUAUGAAUCGAACAAGAUAUCAAUUGAUUGUUUAAGAGGAAGAUUUUUUGUCAAUAAGAUGACAAUUGGUUUUUUACCAGAUAGAAUAACUUCAGAUGAGUUAUAUCGUCGUGUGUUUGGUCAACAUAUUUUUGAAGUGCAAGCAGCUGAAUCAGAAGAUAGUUACAUCACAAAACAUGGAUAUCAUGAUGAUGGAAAAGUUCACUAUGAAUUCACUUACCAUAAUGGAUAUUAUGGAGACCGAAAAUUGAUUGUCUAUGAACGGCACGUUAAAACAAACUCGAAGUUUCAAUUGAUUCCUUCCAGCUGUUUUGAAAGAGAACUACCUGAUAUUUUCAUUUUGAACUAUAGUCAUUGGUGGAAUGAAAACACGAAAAUAUUAGAAUUUCGACCUAUUCAUUUUCAAGAAUCGAAUUUUUUAACUGAUAUAUCUUACAAAUUAUUCAGCAACGGAUAUAUUAUGAAGUGUAACACUGAAAAUAACCAAUAUUUAGUUAAUCGAUCAUCGUCAUUCUUUCAGAACUUAUUUGAACAAUACUUCAUUCGUCUCGAUGAUGAACCUUAUGUAUAUAUGUUAAGAGAGAAUGAUAUUAUUCAUAUUCAUUUAUCUCGAUUAGGUAUUGCUUUCAAAUACAACUGUUGUAACAAAAUAAUAACUUCUCGUGAAUAUUCUGAUAUGUACAUUGAUGAAGAUCAAUGUUUCGGAACAUUGACAGGUUUGAAAUCAGGUAUUCUUCUUUCACCAAUCGCAAUAAUUAAUCAAAAAAGUAGACAUUAUCUAUCUCGAAAAUUAAUCGUUCCCUUUGGACAAAUUCAAGCAAUCAAGAAAUCGGAUGAUGAUCAUCAAAUUGUGACUAUAGAACGAAAAUCAUCAUCAUUUAUUCAUGAAUAUUUUGUUUUUAUUUUGAAUGAUCGAUUACGUAUUCUUCAACCAACUGAUAGUCCAACAGGUUGGCUCUAUUUAGCAUUGUUACAUGCAAUGACAUCGCAUCCUUUACCCGACCAAUAUACGGGAAUGACUGGUAUGGAACGUUCUUAUCAAUUGUUGCAUUCAGCAGGUUGUUGGUCUGAUCAACCUUAUGAUUCAAUUACACGAAAUAUUCUUCUUCAAAUUGCAACUAUUUCACCUAAAGUUAAUUUUUAUCCCGAACAUCUAACUUGUAUGGUAAAAAUCGAUUGGAACGAGAAUAGUUUACCAUACUCAAUGCAACAUUUUGGUUAUUAUUUGAUAGUAAAAAAAUUAGUUGAAGCAAGUGAAGAAUGGAAUUUCAUGUAUCCAUCAUUCAUCUCGAAUGAUGAAAUAGAAAAACUCUUUCAAAGCAAAACAUAUAAUGAAAAAUUAUUGGCUAAACUCUAUUGGGACUAUCGAGAUUCGUACAAUCCUACAGCUCGACUAUCUACACAGACGGAAAAAGAAAUUUGUUGCAUAAGUUCGACAGAAUCAUAUGAACCAAUCUGGGAAAGUUAUUCAUAUUCAACGAAUUAUAAUUCUCUUGAUCUUGUAUAUUAUUUAUAUGGUAGUGGAGACGUAAAUUUAAAAGAUAGUAAAGAACUUAGAUGUUUUCCUUUGUCUCGAUGGCUUAAAGAUGAAUAUCAACUUAAAAAUAUUUGGAUUGGUUUGUUUAAAUUCGCCGAGCAGCUCAACACGAUCGAAAGUGAUCAUAAAAAAGAUGAUAUUGAACGAUUUGAAAUGUUAUUAGAUUUUCUGCAUUACAUUACAGGUAAAUGUUCUACUCAACCAUUUUAUUUGCAGAUGCUUAAAUCCAUAUUGAAAGUACCAAAUUUGCCAUUGAAAUCUGUUUCAUACCCUGAAUUUACUCGAUAUACAAACAUUCAAGACAGUUCAUUCCAAUCUUAUCGUAUCAAUCUAGGAAAUAUGGGUCAUUAUAAACGAAAUAUAGUUUUACAAGAAAUUCAAGAUUGUUUUGUUAAAAACUGUACUUAUGAAAAUAAGAAUCUUCCGGAAAUGCGAAAACUAAGCAGUCGAACGUAUGAAAUCAACAGGUUACUAGAAUCUUGGCGAGAGAAUAAAAAACUUCGUUCGUUUUUAGAAAAUAUUCAAAAUCAUUUUCGUUCUAUCACAAUUAUUCCAUUGAAUAUCAAUAUGUCUGUUAGUCCUCAACAAUUUGAAUUCGAAUUAUUUGAAAAACAUUAUCAAAUCCGUCUUAAUCUGACAGAUCAACUCAUCAAUCAAAAAUUGUUGAAGAGUGCACAAGAAAAAUUUCUACAUCCUCAUUCAAAUUAUUUUAUUAAACCAAAAAUGUGUGUUCCAAUCAUAAAUGAGCAAAAAGAAUUUCCACAACAAAUUUUUCCUUCUGCUGACUCUCAAGUCAAUCCUCUCAAUGAUAUUGCAAAUUAUUUUAAGGAACACUUAACUGAAAGUUGGAAGAAAUUUAAUUUGACUGAAGAAUAUGAAAAAGAGUUUCCAUCGAUGGAAGAAAUCAAUCAAUUUCUUGAUUCUUUUCGUCAAGAAUCCAUAGAGUGGUGGGAUGAAUUAGUAAAGUCCAUUACAAUAACAAACAAUUUGCUGGUCAAUAUGGGUUUAGUAUCACGAAUCUUACCGACAACUUUGAUAUCUGUUUUUCAACAAAUAUGGUUAAAUGAUAAUGGAUCAAAUAUAUUAUCCGUACAGUUGACACUUGAACAACGUACACUACUUGGUGGAAUAAUGGUUAAUUGGAUUGUAGAGCAGCAAAUCGAGAGAGCUUUAAAUCUUGCCAAUCAAGAAAAGUGGGAAGAUUUUGAAAAAGAAAUAUUAAACGUACCUCAUACUAAUUGGACACCAUCAGAACAUGUUCCAUGGUUAAUACUAGAACUUGAAAUGAAUAUUACAAUUCGAGAAAUACAAGUUCAAGUAACACGUCAUAUGAUACAACCAAUGUUAAACGAAAAUAACUCUUCAGUACGAAAUAUUGUAAUGCAAAUGAAUAUGGGUGAAGGCAAAACUUCAGUUAUUUUACCAAUGUUAGCACUCAGCUUAUGUUCAUCAUCUUCGAGUUUAGUUCGUAUCAUCGUAUUGAAAGCAUUAUUUCCAAUGAAUUAUCAAUCAUUACGAUAUAAAUUAGGUGGUCUACUAAAUCGACGUGUAGCGCCAUUUGCUUGCCGUCGUGACAUGAACUUUAGUUAUGCACAAGUGAAUCAAAUUUCCGAUCGUCUCAAACAAGGAUUACACAAUUUGGAUAUUGUAUUAACAUCACCCGAAGAUGUUUUAUCUUUUGAUUUGCUUACAAUAGACAAAUGUCGACGAAAUGAAUUAGAUACUGGUCGUUCAAUGCUGUCGAUUCAAAGUUGGAUGAAAACAUUUGCUCGUGACGUUUUAGAUGAAUCUGACGAAAUUUUACAUGUUAAAUAUCAAUUAAUUUAUUCGAUCGGUCGUCAACAACAGGUUGACGGAGGUGUAGAACGUUGGAAGACCAUUCAAUAUGUACUGAAUUUAGUCAAACAACAUGCUGCGAAUAUUGCACAGCAAUAUAAUGAUGAUGUUUUUUACAAAGCAUCAGACCGUCAAAGUAGUUUUCCAGAAUUACGUCUGCUUAAUCAUCGACCAUUUUUAGAAUUAUGUCGAAGAAUAGCAAAUGAUUGGAUAAAUCAAAAAAGUUACCGUCAACUAGAUCAACAACUUAUUUUAUCAUUCAUAUUGGAUACGAAUUCAUCGGUCAAUAGUCUAGUCGAUCAAUUUCCUCAUAAUACAAUUCAGUUAUUUUUGAUUAUACGUGGUCUUUUAUCAUCUGAAGUGUUAUUUGUUGGCUUAAAAAAACGUUAUCGUGUUAAUUUUGGUGUGAAUCAAAAUACAAAAUUCGAUCGUUUAAUGGCUGUACCAUUUCGUGCAAAAGAUGUUGCAGCUGAAAAUACAGAAUUCGGACAUCCAGAUGUGGCUAUUCUCUUAACACAAAUUUCCUAUUACUAUAAAGGAUUGACAGAUUCACAAAUGCUUCAAUGUUUUAAUCGUUUGAGUCAAGAUGAAAGUGAUCCGGAAAUGAUCUAUGAUCAAUGGAUUUCAUUGGAAGAGGAAAACGAUAUCAUUGCAAGUAUAAGACAAUGGAAAAGAGUCAAUCUAAAAGAUUAUCAACAACGAACUCAACUACUCUUACCGACUUUACGAUACAAUAUGCUAGUUAUAAAUUAUUUUCUCAAUCAUUUUGUUUUUCCUCAAGAAGCAAAACAAUUUCCACAAAAAUUAGUUGCUUCUGCUUGGGAUCUAUCUUCAUCUUCACGAGAAAAAAUAAUCACUGGAUUUAGUGGUACAAAUGAUACUCAAUUAUUAUUACCUGUUCACAUUCGUCAAUGUGAUUUACCAGAACUUCAAAAAACAGACGCCAUUGUUCUUAAUAAUUUACUGCGGCCAGAAAAUGAUCGUUAUCAAUAUUUACCAAUUAGUACGAGUUCUGAUGAAAUCUUGAAAAGAAUUGUUAUUAGCCAACCAAUAACUCAAGUCAUUCUAGAUGUUGGUGCUUUGUUCAUAGAUGGAACUAAUCGUCAAAUAGCUGUCAAAUGGUUGGAUCUAUCGGAUAAAACAAAAAUUGAUUAUGUAGUGUAUUUUGAAUCGGAUUCAAUAUUCGUUUGUGAUCGUCAAUAUCAACAUCAUGCUUUUUUGACAUCACCUGCUAGUGAACGUCUCGAUCGUUGUGUGUUUUAUUUAGAUGAAAUUCAUACGAGAGGAACAGACUUUAAAUUUCCAAAUGAAUUUAGAGCCGCUGUCACCUUAGGAAAUGGUCUCACUAAGGAUCGGUUAGUUCAAGCAUGUAUGAGAAUGAGAAAAUUAGGCAAACAUCAUUGGUUAAGUUUCUGGAAUUCAAACGAAGUUCAUCAACAAAUUCAAACAAUGAAGAAAAAUUCAGUUUCACCAAAUGAAAAGGAAAACAUCGAUAAUCGAAUUACUCUGACUGAUAUUCUCCGUUGGGUUUAUGAAAAUACUCAACAGACAACAUGGGAUGGAUUACAUCUUUGGGCAACACAAAGUUUAAGUUUUCAACGGAAAAUUACUGCUUUUCGAAAUAUCAAUUGGAAAGAACAAGGAACAUUGUAUACAAAUACAACAAUGGAAAACAUAGCCAGAGAAUGUUUGGAAGACGAAGUCUUAGAGUUGAAAUCUAUGUAUGGCGUAUCGAAAAUAUUUCAAACAAUAUUUGACAUUUAUUCUGUUCGAUCCAAACAUUCCAAUAUUUGUUCAUCAGUUGAAAUUCAUGAAGCUGUUUCCAAACGAUUAUGGGAUUAUGGUGGUUCAAAAAAACUUCUUACACAAUUAUUAGAUGAAGAGCAGCAACGAGAACUAGAGCGAGAACAAGAAUUAGAAGAAGAACGACAACAGAAACGUCCACCAUCUGUUCAUCCCUAUGAGCCUCAAUUACACGAUGAGAUCAAGGCUUUAUGCGACAUGCACGGUCCUAUGUUGAAUUUAUCAAAAUUAACUUCAGUAUUUUGUCCCAUUGCUGAUGCUUUUCUUGAUACUACAUUCUAUCAUGAAUGUCAACCACAUUGUUGGCAACAGAAUCUUUGGGUUACUGAUGAAUUCAAACGUGUGAUUCAAACACGUGGAGAAUCAUUAAAUCCUUUUCUACGUCCUGCACGAUGGAUUCUAAUCUAUCGUAAUAAACAUAUCAUUUUUGUAAGUCCUUUUGAAGCCAAUUGGCUAAUGGGUCGAUUACAUGAUCUUUAUCGUAAACAAUCACCUGGAGAAUUAUUGACUACAACAUUACGUCUAUUGUUACCACGGACUAGACGAGAUCAAUCAAUUAUAGUUAACACAGCCACUUUAACAAUUCCUCCGGCAAUCGCACCCGAUCGUGGUGCUGUUACAUUCCAAAUUCCGAUUGAAUGGUUGGUGGCAUUAUUUAUUUUUAAUGGUACGCUCUACUUUGAAACUACCGAUGAACAAACAGCCUAUUGCCAUUGCCUAGGCCUAUGCCCCAAACCUCGUACCGAGAUUGAAGAAAAUGCUUUUGAGAAAGGUUGGAUUACUGUUGAUGGAUUCGUGGAAAAAUCAGAUCAUCGCGAUCUUUUACAACUUCAACAAUGUCGUUUCCAUGCCAAUCCUUUAGCAUUCGUUAGAAAAUUGGUUGAAAACAGAAACAAUACACAUGCACCUUUGAUAUCCGAUGUUGGUAGCAUUCUUAUAAAUGCUGUAAAGCUUCCAGUCGGAUCAUUUCGACAAUGA